AUUAUAAAGCACUAAAAUUAUAUCUUUUAUAUUUUUUUCAAAAACUUUAUUUAAUUUUUUAUAAAUUUAUUCAAACCAAAGCAAUGUCAGAAUCUCAACUAGCCUCUAAUAUAAUACAGCUCUUAUCUGGAACAAUCGAUAGAUUUAACAUAGAAGAAAAAAUAUUAUCCUUAAUCUCCGCAUCAGAUCUUGGCUCUCCAGAGCUUUCCAUACAUCUUACCGCUGGCUCGACAAGUCUUAUUGCUUCCUUCACAUCUCGCACAAUUGAAAUAAUUCAAUCUUACAUUGAUAAUUUUGAACUAAACUCAGCACUGAAAAUUUCUGAAAAGUUUAUGGCGUUUCUCACCAAAUACAACUUAUUGGUCCCGGAGAUCAAUAUCGAAAUGAAACUCUUACUUGGGGAAAUAGCUAAAUCAGAAAAUAAGCUUGGGCUGCUUAAAAAAUGCCAACAAGAUGCCUUAAAGCUUGCAAAAGAAAACCCAAGCUGCAGAGUGAAAAUUCCUGAAAUUUAUUUAAGGGUAUGCACACUGUAUCUAGAAAAUGAAAAUAUAGACAAAGCGAUCAGCAAGGCUAAAAAAUCAGUUUCCUUUGCUGAGCAUCUGUUAAAUAUAGAUUCAAAUGAAAAUAAAGGAGUUAUUCAAUGCUUGGUCGAUGCAGCUAGUAUCUUGUGUGUUAUUCGCAUAAAUCAAGAUAAUAAUGGGCAGGCAGAACAAUGAUAUAAUUAUAUUAGGCAGCUUGAAGAAAAAUAUGAAAUUAAUGAAGAAAAUAGCCAAUAUUUACAAUAUAUUAGGUCACAAUUUCCUAAUGAAAAUUCGUCAAUAAAGGCUAGUGAAGAAAGAUUUGGUAAGGGAAAUGGUCGAAAAGUACAAAGUAAUGCAACCCAAAAUAACAAGAAAAAUAUGAAGCUCCCAGGAUUAAAAUCAAACAGCGAUAUAUAUAAGCAGGACCAAAAAUUGAGUCAUUCACGGGGGGCGGAGUUAAAAAAAUUGCAUGAAAUACAACAAAAAAAUAUGCUUAUUCCAAUUGAUAAUACUGCAGCAUUUAUGCUAAACUCUGGCAAAGAAUUAAAUCCUGCAUUGAAAUAUUUAAACGACCCAACUAUUAAUCGUGCUCGAGACCCAAGCCCACAUAUGACAGAUAGGCUGCAAAGCAAGGAAAUAUUAACUGAUAAUAAAAUAAGCCAAGAUGGAAACUUAGAUGAAGAAAGUGAAGAAGAUAGUGAAACUACCGCAAUGAUUAAUAAAGAAGAGACAAAAGCUUCAGAUGAAAUAGCUUUAUCACAAAAAAAGACAAAUAUAUGAAGUAAAGAAGAUUUACUAACUACGCCAAUAAUUGAAGCGAAUGGUUAUUCAUCAAUUACUUCAAUCCCAAAAAAUGAGGGCUCCCUAGAUAGCUCUAUUGAAAAUAAGUCGAUUUCUGAAGAAAAUCAAUUUACUUUAGAAAAAAUUGAUUUCACAAAAGAAAAAACUCUGAGCAAUAAGGAAGACAAAAUAGAAAAAACAUUAGGUUUUGAUGAAAAAAUAUAUCUUUUAAAUGAGAAAAAUUCGAUAAUUACUCAAAGUAUUAUGAGAGCUGAUUCUAAAAAUGAUAAAAAAAUCGACACAGAGCCAAUGAGUCCACAAUUUCCUAUAGGGAAUCUUCAUGAAGAAAACAAUUAUCCAAAAUCUGAUGCUAUUAAAGAAGAGAAAGAUGGGAAACGAGAAAGUGAGCCUGUUGAAAAAUCGUUCGUUUCACAGAUAUCAAUUAUUCAUCUUAAUGAGGAAACCACUUCCCUUUUAAACAAUGAAGUGGAAGAAACUAAAAGUACUAAAAAAGAUAAUCAUAAUUUCAAUGAAAAAAAUACUCUCCUUCUAAGCCAUGAACCAGAAGCAGAUGGAAGCGCGAAGAAAAAUAACCACAACAAUAAAGAGACUACUCUUUUAAUAAAGCAAAGUCUAUGCUAGGAAAUUAAAUGGCAAAAAAAUGUAGAUAACUUUAUUUUCUGUUGGUAGCCUUUUUGGUCAGACCAAUUUACUUGUCGACUAAAAUGGCCACUCAGCGGGCAAAUCAUUGCCUAAUGGGUCUUUUAAAGAGGAAGAAACCUAUGAGGAAAAGGCAAAUCUCUUAAAAGCUGGAUUGAGCUAAAGCUAAGCCAAUGCAGUCAAUCAUGAAGCAAAAUUCUACAGCUUUGUAAUUUUUCAAAGACUUAAUAUUUGAAAGAUAAGUUUUGCUAGUAUCUCAAGUCUUAUCAAAAGGCAGUUUGGUAUAAUUAAUAAUUAAUUAAUAAUAUAAAGCAAGAUCAAAAAGAUAAAAUUACACAAAAAUCAUAUUCAUCUAAAAGGCUUCAAGUUUCAAAAAUAACUGAAGAAGUAAAGAAUAUCUCCAGAUUAAGCCCUCAGCCAGGUAUUUCAUCUCUCUCAAACCCAAAAAAUAAUAAGAUCGCCGAAAAAAGCUCAAAGCAAGAGCCUGAAGCCAAAACUCCUUUAAAUAAAGCUACCUCAAAAGAACUCCCUAUAAGAGUUUCUCCGACUCCUCCAAAAAUAACAAAGCCAGAAGAAAAUCCAACAGUCAGGCAGCAAAGAGUGAGCUUAACUUCAUCAAAAAACCUUCCUAAUCCCCCAUCCAUAAAAGAGCUUCAACCAAUUUCAAAAGAAAAUAAACCUAAUAGCCCAAGUUUUAACAAUCCAUUUCCAUCAAGCACUGAUAUUUCACAGACAGCUGGCACUAGUAUUCGAAAUCCUCCAAACCUAAAUUCCUAUAUUUCACCAAUUUCUGAAGAAAAUUUUGAAUUCUGGAGCUCUCCAGCUGCAAAGUCUGAGGAUAUAGCCAAAGCACUUCUACUGAUUCAAAGCUGCAUAAGAAGAUAUAAAGACUAUAAAAGAUUCAAAGGCAGAAAAAUCAAAAAUCAGCUUUUAAAAGAGUAUAUCGCGUUUGGCAAAAAAGAAUUUAACGGGGUUUUAUAUUUUAUCACAGUCACAGAAGAAGGGUUAAGCCAAAAAACUUUUAAAGACCUUGGAGGUCAACAAGGAGGAAAGUUGGCAAAGUCAAAUGUAAUUGUAGACGCUAUUCCUUUAGUUUCAGGAGUUGUAAAGCCAAAAUACAGCUGCUACUCUGAAGGUGAAAUAUGCGAAAUGCUUGGGAUAUGAAAAUUUGAUGAACUUAUAGGGAUUUAUCAAACAAAACUUAUUGAAAUCGUUGAGAUUAAGUAUGGAUUUGUGGUUUUAGGAACAGCAGAAACAAAAGAAAAGCCAAGAAGAAGGCUACUAUAUAGAGGAAGAAGCAAGCUAAAAUCAGAAAAUUUUUAUUUCGUCAGAAUUUACGAACUUGAUUUCGGUGGAAAAGAACAAAUUUCAAUUUUGGCUACAAAUCCUCAAGAAAGCAAAGAGUUGAAUAUGUCUUUUUCCAAUCUUCUCAGUCUACUUAACGUUAGGAAGCGAGAGAUGCUUCAAGAUAACCUUUCCAAAGUAGUAGAUCUUCUAUAUUUCGAUUCCGAAAAGCUUUGCAUCACUGAUCCAGUCUAA